GGAAUGUAAGGAUAAUUUAAUGUACCCUAGGUUUAUAGCUCAAUUUGAGUUGGUGUCUAGAAAUUAAAUCCGGUGGUCAUCGACAAGCCCCGAAACCAUUGUCCAGUGGAUUUAUGGUGGGACAGUUUGCACCUAUUAGAGAAAUUCAUUGUCCGGGUUUCGUGAUGUGACUCCUUUCGGUUGUAGGACAAAUUAGACUGUUUUCGUAGAUUACACUCGCGUGAAACCUUCCAGCUCGUCCAUGGAGGUAUACCAGCCUUUACGAAAGUGAUAGUUCUAGGGCCAUAAUUCGUGAAUUCAAAGACAUAAAAACGGAUUUAAUGGUAUGAUUUGACGACUGGAUAAUGACGGCGACAUGGUCACUUCCUUGGACUAAAGCCAGAGCACCUGACCAAUACGCUGAUGACACGGAAAGUGACCGCCGGACGGCCGGCGCGUGUGCAUGGCAAUCACCAUCCGCUUUCCUCUAGUACCUUGUGUCCGGAUCGAGGGGUGAAGAAUGUCCCGGGAUACCACAAUCUACAUUAGGAUAUUUAAUUGAUUUUAAAGGCAGUAUUAACUUGUGUUAGUGUGUAGACACUUUCAUCAAACCUAUCGUUAGCAAGCUUACUCAGACGACACCCCGUACAUGUUCGGCCAGCCAAGCAUACAGCCAUUAUAAUCUAAUAAUGUAUGAAGCUGUAGACUUUUUCCUCGGAAAUCGUACAAGAUAUGGGAGUAUUUGAAAUACCGGGUAGCUGAAGUGGACAGCCCGUGUUUAACGGAAGGUGACUUUCCCUACCUCUGAGGUCGUCUGAUUCGAUAACUGGUCGGACGGACCCCGAAGGCUGUCAGUCAACCGCGGGAAGGCGGCCCUAUCUGUUAAUGCCCGACUCGAACGGUCCCGAUGGGAAGAUAGACGGACGGGAAAGGAUAAUCAAACCGGUAUAUAAAUUUCCAUGAUGUCAUCAGUAUCACAUUGGAAAGAAAAAAAAAUACGAUAGUUGUGGUUUACCUAAAGAAUCCACUUGAAUAUUGGUGUUGAAAGUGAUUAUGUAUAAAUAGUGGAACAUUCGGUGUCGGCACAACACGUGGUAAGUGAAGCUAUAGUAGAGAGUAUUAACGCAUGCCGUGUGUAUUUUGUUAAGUUCAAAAAGUAACAGUUAUGAUUGUAUCACGAAAAUGCAUAACAGGGUUAGUUUCUCAUAUCAUGACGAAAACUGAGAAAACGAGCAGCCAGAACUGUGUCUACAGUAAGUGCAAUAAUUUGGCAAUUUAAAUGAAGGAGUUUUGAUAUUUUAUUGAAUAACCGACCACUCAUAACGGCUACAUUGUGGGAUAAUUGUCAGUGAAAAAGUGCUGUUUUACAUCGGCGUUUGAAUGAGGAUUACUAAAGGAAGUCGGUACACGCAGUGUGGCAGGGUCGGGUUGUGGAAGUCUCAAUCAGUGGCCUAAUUAGCAGCAAUCGUCGCCUCUGUUGUCUACCCUUUGACAAGCAUUGAUGUUAUAAUUACAACAGAUCCAAAGAUAGGCCGAUUGACCGGAAGUGACCCGCACUAGAAAUCUGAUUAACACCUAUAAGUGUAAUUAGCUCACCUGAGGCUCUGGACAUAGGUGUGAAACUUGUUACCCUAAUCAAGUAUGACUUGACCAUUACGUCCGUAUUGCGCGAGGCGGACACAGAUACGGAUCCGGAGUUGACCCAAGGAUUACGACAUGUUAGGUCACUACUGACCAUUUUCUGUUCACGAGGAAGCAAGGGAUAUACAAUGCGAGACUUGUUAUUUAUAAUUCUGGUUUUAACGGCAGCUUUUCAUUUUGGGCAAGGCAAGAAAACGAAGUUAAAAGGAACCAAGUGGUGGACUUUGGCUAACAUUGGACAGCCAUCUAAUGAUCUACACUCCAACACCCAGUUAUACAACAACCCCAGCUUGCUGCCUCUUACCAAAAGGCAACGUAGACUCGUCACUAAAAACCCGGGCACCAUCUUAGCUUUGAUGACAGGUGCCCGGAUGGCAAUAGAAGAAUGCAAAUAUCAAUUUCGGAAUAGGCGGUGGAACUGUCCGACAAUGGACGUUGGAAACGGUGGAUCAAUCUUCGGUAAAAUUCUCCAGAGAGGUUGCCGGGAAACGUCUUUCAUAUACGCUAUAACCAGCGCCGCAGUGACUCACUCUAUUGCGCGUGCAUGUUCGGAAGGAAGUGUGUAUACAUGCACGUGCGACUACCACCUUAAAGAACCCCGUGGCACUAAAAACUGGGAGUGGGGAGGGUGUAGCGACAAUGCAAAUUUCGGACACAAGUUCUCAAGAAAAUUUGUUGACGUUUUAGAAAAGGGACGUGACUUUCGAUAUAUGAUGAAUCUCCACAAUAACGAGGCUGGGAGAGUGCACGUGUCCAAGAACAUGGAGCAGGAGUGUAAAUGCCAUGGCAUGUCUGGAAGUUGUACGAUACAGACCUGCUGGAUGAGGCUUCCUACUUUCCGCAAAGUCGGCUACCUACUAAAGGACAGAUUCGACGGCGCGUCAAAGGUUGUCUCUGGUAACGCCGGGAGCGCUGAUAACUCAGCAAAUAAUGGCGGCGGAAGGAAAAAGAGGAGACGGAGAUUCAAGUUUGUUCCCACAAACCCUAACCUAAAAAAGCCUGGGAGGAGGGAUCUCGUUUAUUUCGAGCAUUCGCCGACAUUUUGUGAACGUGAUGAGAGUAUUGGUUUCCCAGGGACAAAACAGCGUGAGUGUAACGCGACCUCUAUCGGCAUUGAUGGCUGUGACCUGAUGUGUUGUGGCAGGGGGUUCGAAUCGGAGAGUUACACUGUACGCGAACGAUGUAGCUGUAUUUUUCAUUGGUGUUGUCACGUGAAAUGUGAGACAUGCACGCGGACGAAAAUCAGACACACGUGUCUGUAACAAAGCAUGAGCACGUGUCCGAAUGGAUGUGGAGUUGAUACGGGAUGUCAGGUGGCCAGUGUAAAAGAUCACACACAUUGCAGCUUCAACAGUUACUGGUGGCUUAAAGUAAACAUGUUGCGCUCAGAAUUGUGUAAAACGGUGAAAUAGCUUUGGAUCAACUUUACACGGCAGGAAUUUAAUGCUGGGGGGUUUGGAGGAUAAAUACCAACUUUUGCGAGUGGAACUUACGCCUCAUAAAAUGGUUAUUUUGAUUCUUAUCAAAUUGAGAUCGUGUAUAGCGGAACGCCAUUGAUCGGGCGAGAAACUCCGCGAGAUACCUAAGGAAGGUGAGUCGGGAUUCCUAACCGGCAAUAUACAAACGGAUGCUUCACUCGGUAGCAAUACCCAUGCAACUCAGCAUUUCACCGGAUGCAAAGGGAUGUAACUCAUGGUGGACGUUGACAUAUUUUAUAUACUACAUUAUGUUUAUCGCAGAGGAGAUUUACUAAUAUGCAAUUCGAAAAAAAAUACGGAUAGACAUUUUUGAUGGAUCGUUGAUGAUUCAUGGUGCUUCCGUUUUAACCGGAAUGACAGGUCACGUGCGUUAUCACGUGAUAUAUGUUGAUAUUUGAUGACUGUUACUAAUUAAUUAAUAUUUUAACAUUUGGAGAACAUAUAUAUUGAUUAUUACUGACAGAUUUCUGACAGUAUUUGAUAUUGAAUUAUGUCUUUAAGCAUAAUUAUAAGUUAUUUUCGAUAUACAUAUUUUUCUCGCCAAUAAUUCAUCAGCAAAACCAGUUUAUCUUUGAAUACUAGUGCUAAGUGCGCAUGCGCACAUUUGAUGUUACAUAUUGUAGAUUUAAGACAAAUGUACAGUGUUAUCGCCUCUUGUCAAGCUGUACAUUGUAAAGACUCACCUCUGCACGUCCAUUGUACAUGCAGACACACGCACUUAUAUUUAUUCUUGCUUCCUGUUAUCGAUGUAUAUAUAUUUCAUCCACUUUUAUAUAAAUUUUGUUAUGUAAAAGUA